UCCACCAGAGUGCCGGAUACUUGGUAGCUCUUGGUGGCUUCAGAGGCCGUGCUGUUGGGGCGAGCUCGGCAUGCAUUCCGAUGAUGUGGAUGGCGCUGCGAAAUGCGGCAACACGAUGACAGCAUCCGAGGAGUUGCUCAGUGUGCUCAGGAAGGAGCAGCAGAGGAUUAUGGAGUUGGCUGACGAACAACACUCAGCUUUUGAGCGUUCGCUGGAGGCCGCUUUCUCAAGGAUUCAACACCUGCAGCAAGACCUUGGCGCUAACCUGUCCACGGGGAGGCGAUCAGUUGAAUCAAUCGCCGCCUCGGAUCUCUCACUGGCUCAGAAGGACCCCGAGAUCGCAAACGUCCGAACUGUCAAACCUAAAAUGGUAGAUGCGUUCGAUCCAGUGCCCUCCCCCUAUGGGGAGUUUGAGACAUGGCAGAGGUUUGUCACACCUGAUUUGCUGCCGCGAGAUGCCUUGUGCGCGAGCCACGACAGCGUGGAGUUUGAGAUCCCCAUAGGGCCGAAGACGUCGACGAAGAACAUGCAGUCGAUCCCGUCCAGCAGAUCUCAUCCCGCUGAUGGAUGCGAUGAUCGGCCCCCAAGAUCCUCAAGCCCCACAGCCCGCGGGGAGUUGGCUGCGGAGCGAACAGACUCGAAGAAACUCCCGAUCAAAUCGAAGACCUUGGAACGAUUCCUCGCCGACACUCCGGGAUGGGCACCAGCUGUGAAACGCGUCCUGGACUAUGCGGCUGGAAUUCUGGUACUUGUGAACUCCGUGGUGAUGCUGGUUGAGCUGGAACUGGAAGGCCGUGCCAUUGGCAGAUCUGUGGGGUACCCUGAGGGAAGAACAGAUUUUGGACAUCCGAUAGGCAUUUGCCGUGCCCUGAAUGAUUCGUUCAGCAUCAUUUUCUUCCUGGAAUUGCUGGUACGCAUGGCCAUAGAAAGAAGGAAUUUUCUCAACGACUUAGCCAACUGGUUCGAUGCCGUUUUGGCCGUGGCGGGGCUCACUGACUUCUUUCUGACCAUUUCUCUUCCAGACACCUCCACAUCUCAAAGUAUUGUUCUCUUGCGUUUGAUGCGUGUGAUGAAAUCCCUCCGUGCCAUUCGCAUGGUCCGGAGCCUCCACAUCUUUCGCGGCCUUCGACUUUUGGUCAAGGCCUGUCAAUGUUUUUUGCCAUCACUCUGCUGGUCCAUGGUCUUGCUGGGAGUACUGAUGUCCAUCGGGGCCUUACUGAUGGGAAACCUGUUGCAAGAGUACAUCAAAGACGAGGAGCUGGACUUUGAAGAUCGCCAGUGGCUGUGGGAGCGCUACGGCACUGCCUACAGGGCUUCCUAUACAUUGUUUGAGGUGACCUUCGCUGGGAACUGGCCCACCAGAGCUGAACGUGUUUUGCACGUGAACCAGGUCUUCUCUGUUUUCUUUGUCUUCUAUGUGACUGUCGUGGUGUUCGCAGUUCUGCGUGUCAUCACGGCGAUAUUCUUGAAAGAUACAUUGGACGCAGCGCAAAAUGAUGCGGAGCAGCAAGUCAUGGACAAGAUGGCUUUAAGAGCAAAGCUGAUUGAGCGAUUGGAGGCGAUGUUCAAAGUCUUGGAUGAGACUGGCAGUGGCAUCAUCACUGAAGAGAGGUUGCAAGCAAUCUUGGCCAACCCCAAAGCGGCGGCGUACUUCGCAACGUUGGAUUUGGAUGUCCAUGAAGGAAAAGCCCUAUUUCAUUUGUUAGACAAUGGGGACGGAGAGGUGACGCAAGAGGAAUUCAUCAGUGGCAUCAUGAGAUGCAAGGGAGAAGCUCGAGCAAUCGAACAAGUCGCGAUGCACUCGGAACUGCGAAUUCUGGAUCGGAAAGUCACCAAGCUCAUCCAUUUCGUGCUGAGAAGUGAGGGAUCGUCGCGGGACAAGAGGAAUAUCCACAAACAUUUACAGGUCUUCCGCGCAGGCUUGGACCAUUCAAUGUCUCUCCGAGCCGCAUCUCUCGAGGGGCGCGCAUCCCGGGAUUUGUGAUGUCUUCGUGGCCGCGGCGUCCAAGCAACCGAUCUGGGGCAGUUUAAUGGAAAUUCGUGGCAGAGCGUUG